UUUCAGGCCUUUCUUCUACGAAGAAUAUGGCCGACAUUUUGAUACUGCUGUCAUGAAGAUUCCCAGUGACAAAAUCUAACUUUGUAGUUCUUCAUGCACGGUUUUAUGUUCCAAUAGAGUUUUAUUUUUUUUAAUUGCAUAGACGGUGUUUAGUGUAAGAUAUUUGGUUUCCAAAAUGGCAGCUGAUCGUGAAAUAGCUGCUGAAGAUAGCAUUAGAGUUGUAUGCCGAUUUCGGCCUUUGAAUGACUCCGAAGAAAAAGCUGGUUCCAAAUUUAUUGUGAAAUUUCCAUCAGGUCCCGACGAUAACUGUAUUUCCAUAGGGGGUAAAGUUUAUUUAUUUGACAAAGUAUUUAAACCAAAUGCAACCCAAGAGAAAGUAUAUAAUGAAGCUGCAAAGAGUAUUGUGUCUGAUGUACUGGCUGGAUACAAUGGGACAAUUUUUGCAUAUGGUCAAACAAGCUCUGGAAAAACACACACAAUGGAAGGUGUCAUAGGUGAUCCAGGGAAACAGGGUAUUAUUCCAAGGAUAGUCAAUGAUAUUUUCAACCACAUUUAUGCAAUGGAAGAAAAUUUGGAAUUCCACAUAAAAGUUUCAUACUUUGAAAUCUAUAUGGAUAAAAUCAGAGAUCUCUUAGAUGUCUCGAAAGUUAACCUUAGUGUUCAUGAAGACAAGAAUCGUGUCCCAUUUGUCAAAGGUGCUACAGAACGGUUUGUUUCAAGUCCCGAAGAAGUGUUUGAAGUUAUAGAGGAAGGCAAAUCAAAUAGGCAUAUUGCCGUAACAAACAUGAAUGAACAUUCAUCCAGAUCUCAUUCAGUCUUUCUCAUUAAUGUGAAACAAGAAAAUUUAGAAAAUCAGAAAAAACUAUCAGGAAAAUUGUAUUUAGUUGAUUUGGCUGGUUCUGAAAAGGUGUCUAAAACUGGUGCUGAAGGUACUGUGCUCGAUGAGGCAAAGAACAUAAACAAAUCAUUAUCUGCUCUGGGUAAUGUCAUCUCCGCAUUAGCAGAUGGCAACAAAUCUCACAUCCCAUACAGAGAUUCAAAAUUAACCCGUAUCUUACAAGAGUCACUUGGUGGUAACGCCAGGACAACUAUUGUCAUCUGCUGUUCCCCAGCCUCAUUUAAUGAGAGUGAAACAAAGAGCACACUUGAUUUUGGUAAAAGAGCCAAGACUGUGAAGAAUGUUGUAUGUGUCAAUGAGGAACUCACUGCCGAAGAAUGGAAACGACGCUAUGAAAGAGAAAAGGAGAAGGUGGCUAGACUUAAAGGAAAGGUUGAAAAACUCGAAGCGGAAAUUAACCGUUGGCGUUCUGGUGAAACUGUGCGACCAGAAGAACAGGUCAACCUUCAGGAGAUUGAAGCUGUUACUCCUGUCACCUCCUUCAUUGAAGAAAAGCCACCAGCACCACCAGUACCAGUGGCUGUUGCUAGUGUGGUUGAGGAUGCGGCCAUGCAAGGCAAGCUGGAAGCACUGUACCAACAACUGGACGACAAGGAUGAGGAAAUCAACCAACACUCUCAGCUUGUGGAGAAACUAAAGGAACAGAUGAUGGAGCAGGAGGAACUUAUUGCUUGCACAAGGCGUGACUACGAAGCCCUGCAGGGUGACAUGAACCGCAUCCAACAGGAGAAUGAAGCCGCCAAGGAGGAGGUCAAGGAGGUACUCCAGGCUCUGGAAGAGCUGGCCGUCAACUACGACCAGAAGUCGCAGGAGGUUGACAGCAAGAGUCGUGAGUGCGACCAACUGUCUGAGGAGUUACAGACAAAACAGAGUGCUCUGGCUACUGCAACAUCGGAACUCCAACAAUUGCGUGACCUUUCCGCGCACCAACGUAAACGCAUUGCGGAGCUACUCACCAAUCUGCUCCGUGAUCUGGCUGAAAUUGGUGCAGCAGUUGGUGGCUCCGAGUUGGACUUCAAGCUGAACGUGGAUACCGUUGGUAAACUGGAGGAGGAGUUCACCGUUGCUCGAUUGCAUAUCAGCAAGAUGAAGAGUGAGGUUAAGAACAUUGUGCAGCGCUGCCACUCUCUGGAGACAGCUAAUAUUGAUGCUAAUCAGAAGAUUGAGGAGUACGAGCGUUCGUUGGGCGAGUGCCGGCUGCUGAUCUCCCAGCACGAAGCGCGGUGUGCGUCACUGGCGGAGUCCAUGCGUGAGGCUGAGAAUAAGAAGCGCCAGCUGGAGGAGGCGGCGGAUGCGUUGCGCGAGGAAUGCGCACGUCUGCAGGCUGCGGAGCGCGUGCAGCUGGCGGCGGCGGAGCAGCGCGCAGACUCACAGCUGCGCGGCGCGCUCGAGGCCCAGCUGGAGCAGCUGCGCGCCUCCCACACCACGCAGCUGUCGGCUCUGCGCGACGAGCUGGCCGCGCUGCAACGACAGCACCAGGAGCUCAAGGACACGUACCAGGAGUUGACGUUGGCUCGCCAACAGCUGCAAGACGACUACGACAAACUGAAGCGCGAGGAGGCCGACAAGUCCGCCAAGCUGAAGGAGCUAAUUCAAAGUGUGGAGCGCCGCGAGCAGGCGCGCGCCGAUCUCAAGGGGCUGGAGGACACUGUCGCCAAGGAGCUGCAGACGCUGCACAAUCUGCGCAAACUCUUCGUGCAGGACCUGCAGGCUAGGAUAAAGAAGUCGACGAACCCCGAGGAAAGCGCGGAAGAGGAGGGCGGUUCUCUGGCCCAGAAGCAGAAGAUCUCAUUCCUGGAGAACAACCUGGAACAGCUGACGAAGGUUCACAAGCAGCUGGUGCGCGACAACGCAGACCUUCGCUGCGAGCUGCCCAAGCUGGAGAAGCGGCUGCGCGCCACCAUGGAGCGCGUCAAGGCGCUCGAGACCGCGCUUAAGGAAGCGAAGGAGGGUGCGAUGCGCGACCGCAAGAGAUACCAGUUCGAGGUGGACAGGAUCAAGGAGGCUGUAAGAGCCAAGAACCUCGCCAGGAGGGGACCCCAGGCUCAAAUCGCUAAGCCGAUCCGUGCUGGCGGCGGACACCUGGUGAGCGGCGGCGCGCCCGGCGUGGUGCGGCCCGCGCCCGCGCAGGACAUCAAGCGCAAGUCCAUCAUCGUCGGUGGACGAGAUGAAAGUUGAAGAGAUUGCAGAAGUCACCAUAGUGAACCUAAAUGAAACUUCGUAGAUGUAUGGCGGCAAAAUCGUUUC